AUUGUGUCAGUAUCUUUGUUACUCGCCAUGUUUAUGCUUGUUUGUUGUUUUUCGAUUUUUGGCUUUUAGUGAUCAUUUAAAAAGAGCGCGUCGGAGCAUUUUAAUGUUGGUACAAAUUCUUAUAAGAUAUUUUUAACGUUGGCUGCAAUUUCGACAGUAGAAAUGUCUACGCCUUGUUCAAGAAUUUGAGGUUAUGGACUACGUGGAAAUUCAAGAUAUUUUGCAUUUCUGAGGUCCAGCCAGUUUCAAUUUGUGUUUGAAAUUAAAAUGGCGGGUGAAGAGAUCUGUUCCCCAAGUGCUGGUGAAGAUAUUCCGAGCGAUAUUCCACAAUCAAAGAGUGAUGGUGUUGAUGGAGAUAUUCUGUCAGAUAUUCAUGAUGAAAGUAUUGUUGACAUUUUGAAUGAAGAGAUAAUGGUCUUGUUCCGAGAAGAACUGGAACGUAUUCCUGAAUUGUUGAAGUACAUUAAUAAAUUGCGCUCUUUUAUUCGGAAACAACAUGAAAGAAUUAAAACCCUUUUGGGAAAAGCCAAUGAUGAGAAUAAAGAUGAAGUUGCCCAGAUGAAAGAUGCAUUUGUGCAGACUGACUUUGAACUGGACAACUUGGAAAAAUUAGAUCAAGAGUGGCAAGCCAAAAGAGAAUCUGAUAAAUCAGAUGAAGUUUGGAGAGAACGAGAAACAGCUAGUUCAGUUGCUGAGCAAGUGAAAGAAGCUGCUGAAAGUGCUUUGAAACAGACUGGUUUUGUGUAUGAAGAAUCUUCAGGAAUGUACUAUGACUAUAACACUGGAUAUUAUUAUAAUGCUGAGCUGGGUUUGUAUUAUGAUGGAAACAAUGGGGUGUAUUAUUACUAUGAUGAAAGAAAUAAUUCAUUCCAGUUCCACUCUCAGAUCGAACAAAAGUCAGUGGAAGUUGAAGUUGAAGUUGCUCCAAAAAGAAAGCUGAAGAAAGUGAAAUCAAAAUCUGAUCAUAGAGAGGACGUGGACAGUCUAACUGAGAGAUUGUCACAAUUGUCAGUGCAGGAGAGGAGAAAACGCAAAGCAGAGGACUCACUUGAGGAAGGAGAAUGUUCAGAUAGCACUGAAGAGAGUGACGUGUCCAGUGAUGCUGAGGACAGUUCUGACGAAGCAUUGACUGAACAAGCAAUGGCAUGGCCACCGUGUAUGCGAAUUAUAGUGAAAGAAGCCAAUACUUCCCAUUUGAAAGUUGGUACCCUUUUUAUAGUACCUUACACGGGUGGAACUGUUGGUAGGGAAGGAGAUCAUGUAUUUUGCUUACCUGACAUUAAUGUUAGUAAGAGCCAUAUCAAACUUCUCUUUGAUGAAACAGAAGGAAAAUACUUUGUGGAAGACCUUGGCAGCCGGAAUGGCACAAUUUUAAAUGGGCAACGUUUAGAGGAAGGUGUUGAUGGAAAGCAAGAAGUAGUGCAUGGGAGCGUGUUGCAAAUGGGAAAUAUUAAAUUGCUCUGCCACAUUCAUGUUGGAAGAGAUGCCACAUGUGGUCACUGUGAGCCAGGACUUAUUCAGCAAACAUCUUCCCCAACAAUUGAAACUGACAAUCUACAAACAUCCAGCAGCAAAGGAGAGCAACAUCGCAAAGAACUCAAGAGAUUGAGGAAAAAAUUUGGCUUGCAGAGUUCAGAUAAUGACUCUACUCCUGUUGUAGCUGGUUAUGAAGAUCGUGCUCAAUUGAGAAGAAAGACUGUGGGUUCACAGAAUCCUUAUGAAAAGACUGAAACUGCUUCAAUUGAAGAGCCCAUUCCAUCUCAAAACAAAGGUUUCCAGUUGCUAGAACGCAUGGGCUGGAGUCAAGGGCAGUCACUGGGCAAAGAUGGUGAUGGCUGUACAGAACCGGAAUCCAACUUCGAUAUGUUAUGGGAGGAACCAUUGACAACAACAAAUGUGUUCCACUCGUUAUUUUUAAUUUUUGUAUAUGUAAAUACAGUCAACCAAAUUGAUUCAUAUGACUGUUUAAUCAGUUAUGUCGUAUUUUGUGCUUCAUUUUGGUUGAAGUUGAAGAUAGAACACACUACAAUUUGUGAUAAUUGUUCCUCGAUUCAGAAUGUUUUAUCAAGAUCAAGAAUUAGUACUUCUGAAAUUCCUGAGUUUUUUCAUUCACACUUGGUUUUCAAGGACGAAUCAUAA